CUAUAUCAUUCUUAAAACCCAAGCUUUUUCUCCCUCUCUGUUCGACGAAAUUCCUCACAGGACUCUCACACUCUCAAACACCUUCAACAAAAUCGUCAAAAACUCUUUCUUAGCCAUGGUAGUGCCAUUGGGUCCAGGAAAAUUCUACGGGUCCAGCCUCCCACGCCCUCGGAUCUACACUGACGUCAAGUACAGCGACCAACGGGUCGACCCGCCAAUCCCGGUACUCGACCCAUUUAUGUCUUGGGCCAACGAGGCUCACUGGUCCAUGGGUGGCCUCAGCUUCACGCGCCUCCGCUUCCAGGGCCGCAUCGAAGGCAGCGUCACCAAACUCCGGGCCGAACGCGAGAGGAUGAUCAAGAAGGAAGCUAAGAACCCCGAUUCGCCAAAUGGGUCUGGCCCGAAUCGGCCUAUGAAGCCCGUUUUGGGUUCGGAUUCUCCGCCGCCAGCUCCGAUCGCGACGAAGAGGCGGAGAUAUUUAGCAAUGAUUGAAGAGGAGGAAGAAGAGGAAGAGGAGGUUGUGGUGGUUAAGAAGAGGAGGCUGGUGAAGAAGCUUGGGGAUGAUUUUGAUAAAGUGGCUAUGGAGAGUGAGAGAAACAAGAAGGUGGAGCCAAAGAAGGAUUCGGGUCAUGGGUCGGGUUCAGUGGCGAUGAAGACUCGGAGCCGGGUAGAGGAGGAAGUGGGUGAGAGAGUAAAUAAGUCGAAUUCCAAGGGGAAGAAGUUGAAGGGUGGACCUGGACAACCUGGUGGUGUAAAAAGUGGGAAUAUUAGGACUUCUCCAAGACUGGCAAAGCGUGGGUCCCCUUAGAUCUAUAAUUGGGUGUCUAAUGUCUAUGGAAUGUAGCUAUGGAUUAUAGUUUUUUUUUUUUUUUUAAUUUAUUUAUUGAGCUUGAACUUUAAUUUGGUUUUUUUUUUAGAGUUUGUAUUUGCUAUUAGGGAGGAAAUGGAAGGUUGGAAAUCGAAUUUGGGUUUGAUGAGAACACAAGAUUUGGUUUGUCUUUGAACAAAAUUCAGAGUA